AUGGCCGACUACUUUGCCGAGUCAUGCACUUACACUGACGCCCAGUUCCGACGCAGGUAUCGAAUGAAAAGGCCUCUCUUUCUACGAAUUGUGGACUCUAUAUCAAAUUACGACGAUUACUUCACACAACGGCGCAAUAAUGCGGGCAAGCUUGGGUUAACGCCUAUCCAGAAGUGUACGGCUGCCAUACGCAUGCUCGCAUAUGGAGUCGCAGCCGAUGCUUGUGAUGAGUACGUCAAGAUAGGAGAAUCCACUGCUAUCGAGUGGGUAAUAGCAUUGUUUCAAGAUGAAUACUUACGACGACCAAAUGUGGAAGACUUGCAGAGGUUGCUCCAAGUUGGACAGGAACGUGGAUUCCCAGGGAUGAUUGGAAGUAUUGAUUGCAUGCACUGGCAGUGGAAAAAUUGUCCUAAGGCUUGGCAAGGGCAGUUUACUAGUGGACACAAGGGGACGGCAACAGUUAUCCUCGAGGCAGUUGCGUCAUAUGAUUUGUGGAUAUGGCAUGUUUUUUUAGGGCUUCCUGGUAGUUUGAAUGACAUAAAUGUACUAGAUAGGUCACCGGUUUUUGACGACAUUGAGUCGGGUGAAGAUCCACGGGUAAACUUCACCGUGAAUGGGCGGGAGUACAAUCUUGCAUAUUAUCUUGCCGAUGGAAUCUACCCUAAGUGGCCUAUCUUCGUGCAGUCAAUUCAAAUGCCCCAAGGCAACAAACAUCAUUUUUUUGCCAAACAACAGGAAUCAUGCAGGAAGGACGUGGAACGCGCAUUCGGGGUACUCCAAGCACGCUUCGCUAUUGUCCGCCAACCAGCUAGAAUGUGGGAUCUUGAUGUCUUAGGAAAAAUAAUGAGGGCGUGCAUUAUUUUACAUAACAUGAUAGUAGAGGAUGAACGAGAUACGUAUUCGCGAAACUGGGAAAAUAUCGACUUUGAACCGUCGAACAAUGCUAGCUCUAGCGCCUCUUUCAAUGUUCAAACAGACGUGUUGCCGGAGUUUCAAGUCCAUGUUCAACACCGAUCUGAGGCAGAUAAUCAGACUAGAGCGGAACUACGAGAUAAGACCCAACAUAUUCAGCUGAAGAAGGAUCUCAUCGAGCACAUUUGGCAGAAGUUUGGGACAACCUCCGAUUAAAUUUUUACCAAUUUAGUGUGUG